AUGACCUCGCAUGGAUUCUCGGCAGACCGGGCCAAGUCUACAUCUAGGUUCUUGAAUUUUCGGACGGCCGAGAAACCAGAUGCCGUUGUUAAUCUGCUCAGCAGCCAUGGAUUCUCCGGAACCCAAAUCGCCAAAUGCGUCAAGCAAUACCCUCGUCUGCUGGUGCUGGAUCCCGAGAGAAUCCUUCGUCCCAAGCUCGAGUUCCUUCUCUCCGUUGGGAUUUCUCGCCCUGAGCUGACAGAGGUCGUCGCCUCGAAUCCCUAUUUGUUGAUUAUGAGCUUAGAGAAACGCCUGAUUCCUCGCUAUAAUCUGCUCAAGGACGUCAUGGGUGAUGGCGAUAGAGUUGUGAGCGUACUGAAGCGCUCUCACAGGUGCUUAGUUGGCAGUAAAGAUUCCAAUAUAGUUCCCAACAUUGCACUUCUCAGGAAGCUUGGAGUUGGUGAGAAUUACAUCACUUACUUGCUCACUACCUUCCCUAAUGUUGCUUUCAAGGGUCAAUCUGAUUUUGCUGAAAGGGUCGACCUUGCUAAGCAGUUUGGAUUUGAUCCCUCGAGGUCGAACUUUGUGGGCGCGAUUAGAGUGUUUUCAUGUGUGAAGAAAUCGACCUUGGAGAAGAGAUUGGAAGUGUAUGGGAGGUGGGGGUGGUCAAAGGAUUUGACAUUCUUGGCUUUCAAGAGAUAUCCACAAUGCAUGUGUGCUUCGGAGGAGAAGAUCAUGCAGACAAUGAACUUCCUUGUGAACAAACUCGGUUGGGAAUCAGAGGCUGCUGCUAGGUGGCCUAUCAUCUUCGGUUUGAGCUUCGAGAAGAGGCUUGUUCCUAGGUGUUCAGUUGUGCAACUCUUGCGGUUGAGAGGGUUGAUAGAUGAUAUUCCUGGGUUGGGUUUUUUCUUGUCUCCUGCAGAGGAUCGAUUUAAGGAUAAGUUUGUGGUCGCAUAUCCAGAUGUUAAGGAUGAAUUGUUGGAUAUGUACGAAGGACGGGAUGGGCCUUCCUUCAUAGUCUCUUAUCUAAUGAGCUCACAUGGGUUCUCAGUAGAUAGCGCCAAAGCUAAAUCUAGGUUUAUGAACUUCCGGACCGCCGAGAAACCAGAUUCAUUUGCCAAUCUGCUGAGGAGCCAUGGAUUCUCCGGUACCCAAAUCGCCAAAUGCAUCAAGCGGUACCCUGGUGUACUAGGGCUGGAUCCCGAGAGAAUACUUGGUCCCAAGCUCGACUUCCUUCGAUCCAUUGGGAUUCCGGAGGCCGAGCUUGCGGAGGUGGUCUCUUCCAAUCCCCAAUUUUUGAUUAUGAGCUUAGAGAAUCGCCUGAUUCCUCGGUAUAAUUUGCUCAAGGAUGUCCUGGUUGAUGACCUAAGAGUGGUGGAUGUCUUCAAGCGCUCUCACAAGUCCUUUUUUUUCAAUACUGAUACCAAUAUAGUUCCCAACAUAGCACUUCUCAGGAAGCUUGGGGUUGGUGAGAAUUACAUAACUUACUUGCUGUCGAGUUUCCCUAAUGUGGCUUUCAAGCCUCACUCUGAUUUUGCCGAAAGUGUUGAAGCUGCCAAGCAGUUCGGGUUUGAUCCAUGGAAGGCAAACUUUGUGGUUGCUGUUAGGGUGUUUUCUAGUGUGAAGAAAUCGACCUGGGAGAAGAAAUUAGAGACGUAUGGGAGGUGGGGGUGGUCGAAGGAUUUGACUUUGUUGGCUUUCAAGAGAUAUCCACAAUGCAUGUGUUCUUCGGAGGAGAAGAUCAUGCAGACGAUGGACUUUAUUGUGAACAAACUGGGUUGGGAAUCAGAGGCACCUGCUAGGUCGCCAGCUAUCUUUGCUUUAAGCUUCAAGAAGAGGAUUGUUCCUAGAUGUUCGGUUGUGCAACUCUUGUGGUUGAAAGGGUUGAUAGAUGAUAUUCCUUGGUUGGCUGGUUUCUUGAACCCUGCAGAGGACCGGUUUAAGAAGAAAUUUGUGGCUAAAUAUCCCGAUGAUAUUAAGGCUAAAUUGUUGGAUGUGUACGAAGGACGAGUGAAUGUCGUUGAUUUUCGAACUAUGGCUGUUGAAGAUGCCAAAGCAAGAUCCUAG